GCGCCCUGAGCCGGGGGUGCGUGAAGCAGCUUCGGGGGCCGGGGCCACAGGGCAGCUUUCACCAUGCAUCAGUCCCUGACUCAGCAGCGGUCCAGCGACAUGUCCCUGCCCGAUUCCAUGGGAGCCUUCAAUCGAAGGAAACGAAACUCCAUCUAUGUCACCGUGACUUUGCUUAUCGUGUCUGUGUUAAUUCUCACGGUGGGCCUUGCCGCAACCACUAGGACCCAGAAUGUGACUGUCGGAGGUUAUUACCCAGGAGUUAUUCUCGGCUUUGGAUCAUUCCUUGGAAUCAUCGGAUCAAACCUCGUUGAAAACAAACGGCAGAUGCUGGUGGCCUCUAUCGUCUUUAUCAGCUUUGGUGUGAUUGCAGCCUUUUGUUGUGCCAUAGUCGACGGGGUCUUUGCUGCCAGACACAUUGAUCUGAAACCUCUCUAUGCUAACCGGUGCCACUACGUCCCCAAGACAUCCCAGAAGGAAGCUGAGGAGGUGAACUGCCCUCACCUCAGCCCUGGAUUCUGCACGCCUCGCAUCCGGGGCAACACCUGCUUCUGCUGUGACCUCUACAACUGUGGCAAUCGCGUGGAGAUCACCGGCGGGUACUACGAAUACAUUGACGUCAGCAGCUGCCAAGACAUCAUUCACCUCUACCACCUGCUCUGGUCUGCCACCAUCCUCAACAUCGUGGGUCUGUUCCUGGGCAUCAUCACUGCCGCUGUCCUUGGAGGCUUUAAGGACAUGAACCCAACUCUGCCAGCACUGAACUGUUCUGUUGAAAACGCCCAUCCCACUGUUUCUUACUAUGCUCGUCCUCAAGUGGCAUCGUACAAUACCUACUACCAUAGCCCUCCCCACCUGCCGCCAUAUUCUGCUUAUGACUUUCAGCAUUCCGGUGUCUUCCCAUCCUCCCCUCCCUCUGGACUUUCUGAUGAGCCCCAGUCGGCCUCGCCUUCGCCCAGCUACAUGUGGUCCUCGAGCGCACCACCCCGCUACUCUCCGCCCUACUACCCGCCUUUUGAAAAACCACCACCUUACAGCCCCUAAAGAGGAAUACCUGCUGGCUGUUGAGAUUACUGUGGCUUUUGUAUUUCUGCUUUAGUGGAAGUGUGUAGGGUACAAAAUUUAAAGUGUGAUUCUUAAUGCAUAAAGUUUUACGAAGGCCUGCCAAGCUAGGGAAAGAUAGGGAUGAAGCUUAUUCCUUAUCGGUGCAGAGCAGGGGUGGCGAGGCUGAACCCAGCACUUCCAAGGGCAGAGCGCACUCUCUAAGCAAGACUGGGGAGCCAUUCCCACAAGAAGCUUGUCCCCAUUUGGACCUGCAUUGUUUCCCUAUGGCACCACCUCUGUAUUCAGUGGCAGCGUGGUUGCCACCUCUUUCACUUUGUCCUCAGACCCUUGGCAGAUUGCCACCCUAGCACCUUGGGUGAAGUACCUGGCUUAUAUAUAGGCCCUAUCUUUCCCUACCACUAAAGUCAGUCCCUAAGGAAAAUUUCCCAGAUGGAGCUACCCAGUGGUUCCAAUACAGAGAGUUCUGGCUCAGAUUUUGUUUGUGUCUGGAUGUCGAAAAACGCUGCCUGUAUCUUGUACUCCUUUCUUCUCUGUGAGUAUUGUAAAAAUGGCUGUUGUGAUCAUUCAGCUCAGCUUUCGUUAUCAGUACCUCCCAAAGGGAAAAGUGCAAUAUUCCCUCGAGUCGUGGGGAACAGGAUCGAUUGUUUAGGAUGCACUGAAAUACAAAGAGCAACAUGUGAGGUGUUUUGAGAUGAUCUGUUACACAUCCGUAACUUAGGAGACAGUGGUGGUGCAGUAUUACAAAAGACAUUCGCUAUGGGAGAUAGAAAUCUUACGGUUAAAAUUCGGAGUUAAAAAUGCUAGAUUAGGUUCCUGGGUGGUGAUACGAAUUGUUACUAAUCUUUGUGACUAUUUAAUCUUCAAAUAUUGUGCUUCAAUCCCAGCAAACCGCACGUAUCCUGCACCCCACCCCAAAAGAAUCAUCUGUAUUUUAACACCACUGCUCUUAUUGGUCCUUUUUUUUGUUGAGACCAAUCAUGACAGUGUUCAAGAUUAUCAAAGUGUUGCAAUGCCGCUUUAAGUCUGCAAAACCUCAAAAGUAGCUAACUUGACAAAUCUUAAGUGUUACCGUAGAUUUAAAAAUCCAUCUGGCACAUUGUGGUAGGUGUUUGUUCGGUUCUUUUAAUUAUGCAUAGCUUUAAACCAUCCACCUGACGAAUUUAACACUUUGGCACCCAUGCCUUCACUUCAGAAUGAACACUUUCACUGCGAUCUUAUGUUAACCUGAGAAAUGAUUGAUUUAAAGGAAGACUGAUAAUCCUACACUUGUAUAAUGUAAAAAAUACAGGGGCUACAGGAGGGUACCUAAUUUGACAGUUCUGCAAACACACAGAACACAUACUGGAAAUUUUUCCGGCCAAUUUCGCUACCUCCCGACUUGAUGGAGUAGAGGUAGCAGGCAAAUGCUGGUGCUCCCAUCUACCUUGUAGACACCCAGCCAUCAAGAAUUAUCAAGGCACAACAAGUGCACUCAUUGUUCACAGUAAAUGUCUGCAAAGCAUUCAGUUUAACUUCCAGCAUCAUGAUUGAUGCCUCAUCCAGAGUUCAAAUCGGACAAGCUACAAUCUCUUUGUGUCAUAUAAAAUUAACUCUUAUUUUCUACAGUUCUGAGCAUAUUAAAUUCUAUUGGAUUUCAAAAAGGGACUAAUAACCAAUUGACUUACUAUACAAAUACCAACUUGUAAUACUCGAAAUUUUUUUUGCCAUUUACACUGUACCUUUUGCUUUAGUGAACAUGUAGGAGUAUUUAAUUUUUUAAAAGGCACCAUUACACAGUAUAUUCUACAUUUAUCACAUUUCUUAAAGUGUUAAGACUCUGACUCAUUUCUAUGUAUUUUUCUUACUUUACAAAAUAACUUGAAACAGAAUAGAUUUUGUAACACUUAAUUUGAGCAGCUUCUUUUUUAUUACAUUGAAUUAUAUAAAGUGCAUGUUACCUUAGAAAAAUUAAUAUUUGCUGCUUUACUCUUUUGCAAAACAUUUGCUGUAAUGAAGGAAUUUGUAUUUCCAAUAUGUACCUUCACUGCAUUUUGUAAUAUUUACUGCUUUAUUCCUAAUUCUGCUUUACAGUAUUGAACUGGGCAUGAAACAUUAAAAUAUUAAUCCAGAACCUGUAUAAACUGGAUGUUGCUUAAAAUCUGUAUCACUGCCAUGUUGGAAACCCAGACUGCUUUUGUGAUGUUUCAAAUUAAUAAAACUAUCAUCCUCCUUAUCCACGUAUGUGCAUCUUCAUGGAACCUACAUAAGUAUUACAGACAUCCCGAAGCAACGGACAGAAAAGCCCACUCACUUUUGACUAUGAGCUCAAGGUACAAUGGGGAUGUGAUUAACCAACAUAUAAAACCUGUCAGAAGAUAGAAGAGGGACAGUAAAGUAUCCUACAAACUGAGAAGGCAUUUUGAGACCUAACAAGGAAGCAAGCGAAGCAAGC